AUGCAAAGUUUGUGGUCCCGUGCCGGCCGCUCGCAGACGUCCUGUCGUUGCGUUUCGUGCUUAAGCACGACCGCCAACGGGGUCGCUUCGCGAUCGGCAGGUGCUGCCAGCAAGAAACGUCUUCGCAUAGGCAAUUCCGUCACCGCAUUGUACACGAGCAUAUUCGCCGCCGCCGCCCUAGCCGAUGCGAGAGCCAAGACUCAACGACGAAAUGACUGGGAGGAAAAGAUUGCCGCGGUCAAGGCCGAGGUAGAUGUAUUGGUGGAUGAAGAACAACGCAUUCUCGAGUCUUUACAAAGUCGACGGAAAUCCCGAGGAGUUCAGCGAUUGCUACAACCCGGGGGAUUGGGCACAACCUCGAACUUUACAUCCGCACCGAAGCAACGAGCGACCUUGGCCCGGCCCACAAGGUCCUACCAUACUACCCAACGCGGUCUCGCCAAUGCGACCGCUGCGGAGAUCCAGGACAAAUUGCUGGAGGAGAUGGACGUCUUCGACCCGGAAGAGGAGGAUCUGGUUUUGGAACAGCAACCACUACCCAACUGGAUUUUGAAAGAGCCACUCCGGAUGAAGGCUAUUCAACUAUUAGCGUUGAAGCAAUUUGCGAUUCGCCUUUUGCUGAGGCCAGCCGUCGCACACCGAUACUCGGGAGUCAAAAUGAACUACGCCCCGGAUUUCGAAGUCCCUAAGAUCAACGUGGACAGACUUCUAGACGAGUUGAACAACAUCCGCCGUCGCAUGAAACAUUUACGAGAGGACAAAAAUGCGCAUUACGAAGAUUUGACACAGGGGCUUACCAAGAAUAUGUCGGACCAAGACCAACAGGAUAGGACCUUGAGAUUUCGUGAGCGGCUAGAUGACGAGCUUGAUCAGGAUAUUCAUCUUUACAUGUGUCAGGAGAUGUUUCUCCAAGAGCUACUGCUACGCAUCUCUCAAAAUCUCAUGGUUUCCAAGGAGCCUGAUCGCACAGCAGCAUUCCGAGCCAUUCUCAUUGCUUUCACCCGCACCCGACAGAAUGAUCUAUGCGAUAUGCUCUUGAAAAUGCUCAUUCCGAACCAAUUCUAUCUCAGCACAUCCCUGGUCAUCACAAUACUGGCUUUCUUCCGCAAGUCUAAGAACCUCAAAGACUUUGACUUGUUCCUCCAAAUGCUCAGUGGAGAAGGAUAUGACAUUAACAUUGGGUUCCUUGGCUAUUACCGAACGAUGAAGAUCAAUGGUGUUGAUAUUGUCGUUCCGCCAAUGGACAGCAAUAACCCUGUCCUCUAUACCGAGCUGAUCGCAGCCUCUUUACGGUUCGAUCAGCCAGACAGGGCGGAUGCCUAUCUUCAAGCCGCACGCAGAGCUGGUUUCUUCGAUAACUAUCAUACUGUCGCAAUUUACCUCCGAUUUUACAGCAUCAGACAGGAUUGGGAAAAGGGAUCGUCUGCACUGAAGAGAGCCAUCACCCACCUCGUGUCAUCAACGGAUCCCGUAGAAAGCCACGUCCCGCGGCUUCUUGUGCGGAUGGUUCAACUAUGCGAUGCAUGCAAUCGAAAAGAGGUGUCGCAAGCUUUGAUUGAUGCUGCUGUACACAGCGGCUUUGACCCGAACAUCCCGCUGCAACAAGAUGAACUCACCCCCAUCUAUGACCCUGCGGGCAAACGGUGGAAAGAGGCGGCCAAGUCGGCAUCAUCGAGAGAGAAUGCCCAUAAUCCUCUUUGGCAAAAAUGCUACGACUUUGCAAGCAUAUUUGGUGAAUACUUGAGCAGGCUCGAGACAUCAGAGAAUGCUAGUAAAAUCCAGCAAUUUGAUCAGUUCUCUGCUCAAUAUGCGCAUAAUUCCAUGGUCGCCUCACUUGCCCAUGUUCCAGGACAGACCGGGCACACGAUGGUGUCCAAUUUGUCGCCAAUCGGACAGCCAGAGGUUGAUCUUUCACAAAAGACGCAACCGCAAAACCAACAGUCGGAAGAGCUCGCAUCAAUGAAGAUUGAACUAGCCCAGCUUCGACAGCUAGUCUUCCAGAUGCGCGAGCAUCAUAUUGAAUCAUCAUUCAAGGAUGAUGAGUUCCAGGAAGACCAUGUCAAACCGAGUCUACAGAACCUUGAGACUGGCCCCAAACCCGCCAAUGAUAUCGAGGACCCGCACAUGAGCAUCGAAUUCGAGCGGAAAUCUACACCCACCGAGGAGAAAAGACAUCCUUCGUCUGGGAAAAGGAGACGCGCAGUUUCAAAGUCAAUACAAUGA